AUGGAAUUUUCAACAGAAUCAGAAAUUUUAAUUGUAAGCGGAAUUUCAAAUUUCUCUCUUCUUGUUUAUAAUACCCUGCCUUAUAACAAUCUUAUACUAGAUUUUUUAUUUUGGAUAUGUCCACAAUAUUUUAUUAUCAUGUAUCCCGAUCAAAAAUGGAAUCUUAUUAUUUUUUUAUUUUUAGUAUUAGAUUUUAAUAAAAUUAGACCAACUAGUAAUUCAAUAAGUAAUAAAGAACUAAAUACAGCAAUUAUAAGAAUAUUAAGAUCUUUUAUAUCUUGUCAAGUGGCCAUUUGUAUUUUAGGUGUGGAUUUUACUGGUAUGUUUCCAUUAAGAUUUGGAAAAACUAUUGAUUAUGGAUAUAAGCUUAUGGAUGUAGGUAUAGGGUCUUAUUUGUACAAUAACGGUUUAAUGAUUAAUAAAGAUUCUUAUUUGAAACGAUCUUGUCCUCUAAAAAAGAGACAAUUGUUAAAUAUUGUGAAUAAUAAUAGAAGUAUAAUUUUAUUAUUUUUAUUGGGAUUUAUAAGAUAUAUAACUAUACUAAUAUUUAAUUUAGAUGUGGAAAUUACAGAAUAUGGGAAACAUUCAAAUUUUUAUUUUUUAUUGUCUAUACUACAAGUAUUAUAUAAAUUAUUUCCAUAUAAUAAAUUGGGAUAUUUACUUAUAUUGAUUUUUCAUUUUGUAACCAGAUACUAUCAGAUCGAUAAAUUUAUUCUAAACAAUAACAGAACGGGAUUUAUUUAUCAAAACAAGGAAUCUUUUUUUGCAAUUAUUCCAUAUCUCUGUUUGUUAAUGAUACUACAAGAUGUAAGUCGCAUCCUAUUCUAUCCUUUUACUGAAGAAUUGAAAAUAGAAACAAAUUUUGAACAGACUGUUUCACCAUGCAAAUUUAUUAACUGUACAGAUUGUAAAAAGCAAGACAGUACUAUAAAAACCAAUUCGCCUAGCUUUGUAAAUCGACAAACUUCAACUCAAAACAUAAAAUAUAAAAUAAUUCAUUUAUCUAAAUUAAGUUUAAUUUUUUUUGUAAUUUAUAAGCUAUUUUUAUUUUAUGAAUUACCAAGUAGAAGACUGGGUAACUGUACAUACAUCUUUCAGAUAGCAUAUUUACACACCUUUCAUUUACUGAUUUAUAUAGUUGUCUCUUACUUCUCAUCAUUCAAGCAAUAUUUGUCAUUAAAUUUUGUAAGUAGAAACAUGAUGAGCAACUUUUUAUUAACAAAUAUUUUAGUGCUUAUCUUAAAACAGUUAAUUGAAUUUAAAAAUGAAUUGUGUCAUUUAAUUAUGAUUAUUUAUUUGGUCGUUUCUUUUAUUCUACCGCCUACAAUUUGUUUGUUGUGCAAAAGACUAAAAAUAAAUACUACAAUAUUUUGUAAAUAA